AUGUCUUCUUCCACUUCAACCACAACACCCAUUCCCGCACCCACAAACACUAUUAAUCCUCUUCCUGCUACCCCUGCUGAAGCUGCUGCUGUAGCCGCAGCUGCAACAGCUAGUGGACCAGCUGCCUCUGGAACAGCACUCGAUUUGCAUUCGCAAACUGAAGAUGCAGCACGUCAGUAUAAGGAUGCGCAAAAGGCGGAGAAGGCCUAUGGAGAGAAAAAAAAAUGUAUGACUGCGAGGAAGGAUUGGUAUGAUUGUGGCGGUGGUGGGGGGGUUAAAGCGAGGGUUUUGGGGUUGAAGGAGAAGGUUUUGGCGGUUAAGAAGAAGAGGGCUAAGAAGAAGAUUACUAAAGCUGAUGAAUCUGAUGCCACGACUACAAAUGAGGCUGCAACUGCAGCUGCAACAACAACAGGAGCUGCGCCCGCUGCCCCCAUCACAUCAACCCCAACGCCAAUGGCAGCGGCAGCGGCAGUAGCAGCAUCAGCAUCAGCACCAACACCAACACCAACACCAACCAAACAAGAAAAAAAGAGAAUGACUCUGGAUCAGGUGAGAGAUCGAAUCCUUUCCUACCGUACCCAUUUCUUCUCAGCGGACGAAGAUGAAGAAGAGGUGAACAUGGCUCCUCGAAUAGCAGAGAAUCCAACAAGAAGAAGCCAAAGCGCUCGCAAAGCGGGAAGCGGAAGUCUCGGCUGCAGACGCGGUAGUUAUGAGGGGAGAAGUCCCGGCGCAAACGCAAAUUCAAACACGAGCACAAGCGGCGCCAGUAACAAUAUCGCAAACAUCGACAUCCAUGAGCAAUCCCCCGCAGUUACCGCAGAGGUCGCAGUUGAGUCCUCCAGGGUCACCGACGAAAUCGACCAUGGAACCUAUCCGCGAGGACGGGGAAUCGGCUCCGGUGUUGGGGGAGACGGUACCCUUGGUGAGCGGGGGGAGGGGAGAACAGUGAGUGAGAGUAGUGGGGUUGGGAGUGGAAGUGGGAGUGGGAGUGAUAGCAGGAGCGGAAAUGGAAAUGGAGAAGCAGUGGGAUUAAAAGCUAGAGUGGCUUUUAUGGUACGUGGACGAUUGAGGGGUGGUGACAUUGAUACUUCGAGAAAUGUGACUUCUUCUACUAUUCCUACUACUGGAGAGGUGGUUAGAAAUGGAAACGGAAAUGGAAAUGGAGAUGAGAAUGAAAAAACCAAAACGAAAACGAAAAAAUCAUCAAAAGACAAAAUUGUCGCGCAUUUUAAACAUCACUCUCGAUGGAUGAAAUGUGGGAAAUUAUAUUAUAAUGAACAGGAAAAGGAAAAUGGAAGAGGAAAUGGAAAGAGUUUCUCCCAAUCGGGAAAGCUUUCAACGUCGAAAUUGAGAUUUGAUCUUUUUAUCUCGAAGAUGAGGGAUGUGGGGGGGAAUGCGAUGGGUUGGGUUGGAGGGUUGGUGGUGGGUGGGUUUGGCGGGGGUGAGUGGGUUGUGGGAGAGGGUGGGGAGGAGAGUUGGUGGGGCGAACGGGGGGUAAGGGCAGCGCACGGGGAGAAGAAAGACAGGGAAAGGGAAAGAAGAGUUAGGUUUCCGAGGUGGAGUAAAGGGGGAGGGUUUUCUAGCGGUGGGGGUGUUCUUUAG